AUAUGCAUUAAAUCCUUCAUUUUUCCGUUUUUGCUUUGUUGGAUGGGUUCAAAAUCUUGAUCAUGUGUCUUUAUUCCCCCUUUCCCCCCGUCCUUUUCUGGUUACAUUCAUAUGUAGAAGAACGCUAACAGAGUGGUGGAAAUUCUCAUAUUUUUAUUUACAAAAAGAAAAAUUAAUUGGUGAUGAAAUUUGAGGUGCAAGAAAUUAAAGGGGUUAUUUUUUGUUUAUUUUAUUUUAUUUUUUUGAAUAUCUGACGUUGAGUAGUUCAUCUGGAGCCAAGUUUUAUUUCUUCCUAAUUAUUUGGUCGACCUGAAAGAGUGAAUUAGCAUUGCUUGAACAAUACCUUUAGUGCAUCUAUGGUAUGAAUCAAAGUUUAAUUUCUUUAAUACUAUCUAGUUUUUUGACUUCUUUACAAAUUUGUUAUAGCAAAUGGAAUAUCAUGGAUAGAUAUAAUUCUGGGGUUUUUUUUUUUUUGAAGUUAUUAUUUAUUUGGUAUUAUGACUUAGCAUAGUUACAAUUUGCUUCAUCCAUAGUUAGGCUUUCUACUUGACAAAACAAUGAUUUCCUUCCAUUAAUCGAAGAAAAUCUCUUCUUGCAUUAUGAUUCAAUUAAUAAAGAUCUUAGACCUUAUCCUUGCAGUACUUGUUGAUACAUACUACUAGGAGAAACAAAUUACUUCCAUGUUUUCAAGAGUUUUGAGUUCAACCAUGUACAUUGAAGUAUGGAUAAUAGAUAUCAGCGAAGCAGAUGCCUUUAGCAGUCGUAGAUGCUAGAUUCACCCGAGGAGUUGGAGAAAAGCCAUGCCAAUAGUGCGGAUCUAUUAACGGAAGGAAGUAACCACGUCAUAUUGGAUAUGCCUAACGAAGCAAGGUUACCUGAAAUGAGUAAUUUGGAGUCUCAAUCAAAAUCAAGAAAAAGGUUGCUAAUGUGGUGGAUCAAGGUCGCGAUAUUGUGUUUAGUUAUAAUAGGAAUUCUUGCUAUCUUCUUAAAAUGGGGAGCGCCCUUUCUAAUAGAGAAGGUUCUUUACCCGAUCCUGCAACGGGCAACUGCAUUGGAUCGUCCAGUGCUUGCACUCAUACUUGUAGCUGCUUUGACACUGUUUCCCGUGUUUCUAAUUCCUUCCAGUCCUCUCUUGCUGCUAUCUGGUAUGAUUUUUGGUUAUGGGUUUGGUUUUGUCAUAAUCAUGAUUGGAACAACCUUUGGAAUGACCCUGCCAUUCUUGACUGGUUUACUCUUUCGUGAUAGGAUUCAUCACUGGCUAAAGAGAUGGCCUCAAAAGGCUGCUAUGAUUAAAUUGGCUGGAGAAGGAAGUUGGUUCCAUCAAUUUAAAGUGGUUGCACUGUUUAGGAUUUCGCCAUUUCCAUACACGAUAUUUAAUUAUGCUGUAGUAGUGACAAAUAUUCGAUUUUGGCCCUAUUUAUGUGGAUCGGUUACAGGAAUGAUACCAGAAGCCUUUGUUUACAUCUAUAGGUCAUCUCUCUCUCUCUCUCUUGGAAAGAGCAAUGAACUCGAAGGCAAAGGCUCUACCAGUGGAAAGAACAAUGAAUGUGAAAGCAAAGGCUCUGGUAAUGGAGAAGGCAACCAAGGCACGUGCUCAGCUAAUGGGAAGAUCUAUGCAGAUGAAGGCUUUGACAAUGGAAACAAUACCUGUAGAGUUUAA